AUGAAGAAACGAUGUCGUCAUGAUUUGAGUAGGCGAUUCGGAAUCUGUGGAUCACCAAGGACAGCAGAAAUUCUUCUACCAACUUGAUGAACCGGAGUACAACAACUUCACAAAACGAUUGGAUCGCUUCGAUGACCGUCGACAGAAGAAAAAUUUAUUUUCUACAUAA